CGGCAAAGUCCUUAUCAAAUUGUUGGAGGUACUCCUGCUGUAGUCAGUCAGUCAAGAGGCUGCUUGGAGGGAGGGAAGGUGGGAGGAGGUCCAUCCCAAGUUGUCCCCCCUGGAAAAAACACAAACACAAACAAACUGGAAUCUUUGACCUGCUGGGGAGACAGUCACUGAGUAUCACGUCCUCUCCAUGACUCUCCAACAAGGUCCUCUCUCAACAGCAAGAAGCCUUUGGCCAGCUUUAGGACCAGGAGGACCAUGGCAGCUGUGGCAGUGCUGAGGAAUGACCAUCUGCAGACAUUUCUACAGGACAGAACUCCUAGUGCUUCACCAGAUGUUGGGAAACAUUCUCCCUUGGCUCUUUUGGCAGCCACCUGCAGUCGAAUUGGGCAACAUGGAGGAGGUCCACCUGACUUUCUUCAAGUUCCUUAUGACCCUACCAUUGGUUCUCCAUCAAGGAUUUUCCAUCCAUGGACUAAUGAAAUAUCUACGCAUUCCCCUGGAGGAAUUCCACCUCACAGCGCACUUGGUCUUGUAACCCCUACGAAUCAGAUCUCAUCUCAUAUCCAGUCCUCCUUUGUUGCACAUGAACUACCUUUAACUCCUCCAGCAGAUCCUUCUUAUCCAUAUGACUUUACACCCGUUAAAAUGUUACCCUCGUCUAUGGCUGCUUUCCAGUCUUCUAACUGUCAGUCCUAUGUUUCUGCUGUCCCUUAUGCUGCAGGAGCCCCCAUCACAUCUGCCAUCCAUGGGUUUGUACCUGGUCACUCUAAUCUGAUACAUCAGCAGCCGAGACAAUUAUCUCCUAACCCGGCAGAAGAUAUUCCGUGGUGGAGCAUUACACAAGCCAACCAAGUAACCCACCACUCUCCAAUUGCCCAUCCUCACCGUUUUCCUAUCCAGAGAGGGUUAGUCCUGGGACAUUCUGACUUUGCACAGUAUCAGACUCAAAUUGCAGCUCUUCUGCAAACCAAAUCUCCUCUUGCCACGGCAAGGAGAUGUCGAAGAUGCAGGUGUCCCAACUGUCAAUCAUCUAGUGGCACUGAAGAGCCUGGUAAGAAAAAACAACACAUCUGUCACAUUCCUGGAUGUGGGAAAGUUUAUGGUAAAACUUCUCACCUUAAGGCCCACCUGAGGUGGCAUUCUGGUGAAAGGCCUUUCAUUUGCAACUGGAUAUUCUGUGGCAAAAGCUUCACCAGAUCAGAUGAACUACAGAGGCAUCUGAGGACUCAUACUGGUGAAAAGAGGUUUGUGUGCUCCGAAUGUGGGAAAAGAUUCAUGAGAAGUGACCAUCUAGCUAAGCAUGUGAAAACUCAUCAAAACAAAAAAGUGAAAGGGUUGGAGAGAACAGUAAAACAGGAGCAAAACAAAGACCACUAGAGGAAGCUCAAAAAUCUCUCUAUUGUGCAAUAUAUUGGAAUACUUUGUACUGUAAGGCUGUGCUUCAAAGUGAAGUUUGGACUAUUACAACUUUGAAACUAAAAUAAAAGCACAUGUGGAAGUCAGUCUCUUUACUGUACAUGAUUAUUUUUUACCUUUGGAAUUGCUAGGGUAAAAAAAAAAUGGAUUUUUGGGAUGAUUAUGUAUUUUAUGUAAAUUAACAAACAUGAGUGUUUAAUAACGCGAAGACCUGACUUUUCCUGAAGGCUAAUGUUCCAUGCAAACUAUUUACUGGCUUUUGUUAAAGUUUCUUUUUUUUCUUUGUCCAUUCAUUUCAGCAUGCAUUAUUGGUUGUGUCAUUGUGGUUAUCAAAAAAAAUAGGUUCAUGUCAAAUAAAUAAUGAUAUCGCUGUUUCAAAAGAUCAAA